AUGGCCAACGACUCGAAGUGUUUAAGAAAAUUAGAAAGUAUGCGAGAGGAGGUCGAUUUGGAGAUUGAAACUGAGCGAUACAAAUUUUUCUGUCGACUUUAUGCCUUGGUCAAGGAUUGGAGAGGCCAACUACCAGAUCUCCGAGAAAUUUUUCGGCGUGAAGAAAUUGAGUGGCUUCUCACUGAAGAUUUGAAGAUUAAUGAAAACCGCCAGACAAAGAUGAGGUCAGGUUUAUUCAUCAAGUUUGUGAUCAAGACCGGCUACAAGGACGUGCCCGACCUCGAUGAAAAUGGCCGGCCACUGUUGCGUCGCACAACGCCACUGCUUUGUGUUAAUCAAUUACGAAUCGAUCCUUUGUCAUGCCACCCGGAUGUCCAAGAUCUGUUCAAAAUAUACGACAGGUACGACUUGAACUACAUCGGCGAGAUGGACUACACUCAUUUUCAUGUUGCCUGCGAGUAUGGCUGUUACGAUGUCGUUGAGAAAUUUCUCGAGCUCGGCCAGGAUCCGAGUUGCCUUUCGACUCAUCCUUGGUAUCCGACGCCGUUGCACUGUGCUCUGUCUCGGGGCAAAUACGAUUCAGACGGUUGUAUGAUAGGCUACAAGAUCGUGGCCGAUUUGCUGCUGAAACAUGGCGCCAAUCCGAAUGUAGCUAACAGGUUGAUUCAAGAGACACCUCUGCACAUGAUGUGCCAGAAUCGAUUCGAAGACAAAUCGGCCAAAUUCAUGAGGAUUUUUUUCGAAAUCAACGACGCCAACAAUCAAAAAGUUGAUAUCAAUGCCAGGGACAUGUCUGGUAAAACCCCACUACAUUUGGCCAUGGAGCACUUAUGGGGUGCAGAAGUCGGCAAAUUUCUGCUGAAAAGAGGUGCAGAUCCCGAUUUAGUGGAUAACAAUGGAUCAACGCCUCUGAUCGAGUUUUGCCGCCAUCAUGACGAUUAUGACUUGGCGAAGUUAUUAUUCGAGAUUGCCGACUAG